AUGGGAACCGAAGGUAUAUGGAAUACGAAAGGAGCACGUCGAUUAUUGGUACCAUGUUCCAGUCCGCUCAAUUUAUGGCAAUGGUUUACAAAUUUUAUACCAAUUAUACAAUGGUUACCAAAUUAUAACUGGAAAACUGAUCUGACGCAUGAUAUCAUCGGUGGAUUAACAAUUGGUGUUAUGCAUGUACCACAAGGUAUAGCAUAUGCAGUAUUAGCAGGUGUUGAUCCGAUAUACGGAUCAUUUUCUGUGACAGCUAUAAUGUGUUUAUUAGCAAGCGAUGAAGUAAUGUUGCAACGAACGGGAAGAAUGGAUGAUAUGAUUGUUGCAGAUAACGAUACGACGAUAUCUUCAAUUACCUCUGUAGAAAUAACUACAGUACUUGCUUUUACAACGGGCAUCGUUGAGUUGAUUGCAGGUGUUUUACAACUCGAAUUUAUCACUGCUUAUUUCUCAGAUCAGUUGGUUUCUGGUUUCAUUACCGGUUCUUGUGUACACGUUGUUGUUGCUCAGAUAGAUGAUCUUUUCGGAAUUAAUGCAUCAAAAUUUCAUGGAAUGGGAUAUCUUUUCAAGAGAUUUUAUAGUAUUUUAAUGCACAUUCCGCAAACCAACUUCUAUGUACUCGGAAUGUCAAUUUUUGGUAUGAUUUUUCUUUAUUUGGGUAAAAGUUUUGUGACACCAUUUUUGCAUAAACACUUGCCGUUUAAAAUACCUGUACCAUAUGAACUAUUUUUGAUAAUAAUAUCAAUUGUUAUUUCACAUUUCAUGAACUUAAACACAUAUCACAAUGUACCGAUUGUUGGUCAAAUUCCUACAGGCCUACCGAGACCCCGAUUGCCUCGUUUCGAUGUUGUUGUUGAUUGUUUUCCAUAUGCUAUUGGUAUUGCCGCUGUUACCUUUGCUGUUCAUAUAUCGAUGGCUAAAAUGAUAGCUAAACGAAUGAAAUACCAUAUUGAUUCUAAGCAGGAGCUGUAUGCAUUAGGCUUUACAUCAGUCCUCAGUAGUUUCUUUCCCAUUUUUCCAAUAUCUACUGCUCUUGCUCGAACAGCGGUCAGCAUUGAAGUUGGAACAAGAAGUCAAUUUGCUGCCGUAUCGACCUGUUUGUUGUUGUUAGCGGUCAUUCUAACGCUUGGACCAUUACUGAAUGCUUUGCCAAUGUGUAUAUUGGCUGUUAUUAUCGUGAUGUCGCUUCGGUCGAUGUUUCAAAAAUUUUCCGAAUUGCCGAAAAUUUGGCCAGUUUCUAAAAUUGACUUUCUAAUUUGGAUUGUAGCAUUUAUGACAACUGUAACAUUAGACGUUAUGCUUGGUCUGAUAAUUUCAGUCAUCUUUGCUUUAAUGACACUCAUUUUUCGAUCACAAUGGCCACGUUGGGAAAGAUUGGUUCAGCUAUCAGUAUGUCAAUCAUAUUUUGAUAAUCCAAAACGUUAUAUUGCGGCAGCGAACAAUCACAAUAUUCGAUUAUAUCGUUUUGAAUCACCGUUAUUAUUCAACAAUGUGGAACGUUUCAAGUUAAGCAUUUAUAAUGCAAUAACCGAUUGGGAACAUAAAACUGAUUCAAUUAAUGAUUUGAAAAAUGCGGAUAAUUUGAAAAGUUUGAAUCAACGUUAUCUUAUUCUCGAUUGUUCCGGCAUAUCCUAUACUGAUUUCAUGGGAUUAAAUAUCCUAAAAGAGGUCGUUAGUGAACUAAAAAGUCAAGGAAUUACUGUAUAUUUUAGUGCUUGCAACAAAAUGUUACCGGAAAAUGGUAGCUAG